AUGAGUGCGAUGGCCGCACAGUACGUGCCACCACCCUCCGCAUUCGCUUCCUCCUCUGGCGGAGGCGCACAACACUCGAAUACGAGUAGUCCCAACAUGCGCAUGAACGAGUCGCCGUUGGAUACGCUAGUCAGGCGGACGUCGUCGAGACGGGUGCGCCAACCGGGCGAGGGAAAUGAGGUCCGGAGGCCGCGGGAUGUGCACAGGGGCAACCAGCGGCAGCAGCAGGCCGAGUCUAGCUCUGCCGUCAAUGCAUAUGACGGCGAUCAGCGAUAUACCCAACAACACCAGCGUCCGUACCAAGCGCAAUAUCAACAAUACAACGAUGAAGACGAGGAUGAUUUCUCAGAAGCGUAUGCGACGAGCUCGUACUACGAGCCGGACGACGACUCCCGGCCCAACUCCCAUGUCCAAGCUCCAGCACAAGACCAGAGGCAGGGUGUCGACGCAGAGGGGCCGAGGAGGCAGAUGGCGAACCUGCGGCUGGAGAUCAAGCCAAACGCGAUGGCGGAGACGCUGCACUCGCCGCUGCUGCACAGUCACUUUGCGCGGGACUCGGUGGCGACAGCGUCGGACAUGAACUCGUACUACGGGGAUAUGGACUCGGCGCGGACGGGACGGGCAUCAUCGCACUCGCCGUCACGGUCGGCGCGGUCCCCCACAGGCAGCGCGAUGGAGUUUGACGCGGGGCGGUACUUUGCGGACGACGCGUCGAGCGUGUACUCGAACACGACGGCGCUGGGUGGGCCUGCGCUGCGCGACUCGUGGCGGUCGACGGACACGGGUGGGACAGUGCGCAGGCCUGAUGGGGACUACCGCGAUUCGGGGGCGGGGCUGCCGAGUGUGGUGGUGUCGUCCGCGGAGCAGGACGGAGCGUAUGCGAUUGGGGGCGGGGUCGGGCAGCAGGUCAAGGCUGGCAGGACGCCGAUCGUGAAACCAGUGACGGCGAAUUUCUCGAGGCCGGUGCGGGAGGCGGCGCGGCCUGAGCAGGAGGCGGUGGGGGAACGGGUGCAGGUGCAGGUACCGGCGGAUAUGAGGGAGCAGAAGAAGGCGGUGUUGGAGAGGAAUGCGAGGAGGGGUAAUUUGGAGGCAAGCCCGCAGCCGUAUAUGCGGUCGCCGUUGGCCAGGGAGGUGUCGGCGGAGAUGCGCGGCCUUCAGUGGACAUGCAGCGGGGCAGAUCACCACAGCCAAGUACAAGUCAACUGCACCCCUUGCAUGGGUCAACUAUGCGUCCGGUAUCACCUGCGACGAGCGUGUACUCGACGUACUCGUACUACCAGUAUGACGGCGCCGUGCCAUCACCAACUGGGAGCCAGUUCGACAGUGUCAAACCCAAUCAGCUGCAGCGGCCACAGACGGCGUCUCCUCGACCACAGAGCAGCAAAGGGUCGGACGGGCCUCAAACGCCACAGGAUUAUCUGCAACUCGGAAUCCAAUACCACGAAGCGAAUCGACUGCAAGAGUCUGUGCGAUGUUUCGAGCGUGCGGCGAAGGAGGACGGCGGGUGCGGGGUGGGUAUGCUGA